AUGUCGUCUUUUUCCCAGGAUGACGAACAUGAUCCCCAAGCGGAUGAGCUCCGCGAGACCGCCUUGGUGACGCUAGAAGCCUUGAUAAGCUCCUGCGGCCAGAAGAUGCAGCCUUACCUACAGAAUACGGUCAAAUCCGCCCUUAGAUUCCUCAAAUACGAUCCGAAUGUCGCUGAGAUGGAGGAAGAUGAAGAAAUGAGUGGCACUCAAGAUGAUGGCUCCGAGGACGACGGAACGGAGGAACCUGAUUUGGAUGACGAUGAAUUCGAAGAUUUCGAGGAGGAAGGUGGCUAUAGUGAUGUUGAUGACAUGAGCUGGAAGGUGCGCCGGUGUGCUGCGAAGCUACUUUUCACCGUCAUCUCGACCUACGGGCGGAGUCGUGCGUUGGAUGACUCUUCCUUGUACCAGCAAAUCGCGCCUGCCCUCAUUGCCCGGUUCGGCAAAGAAAGAGAAGAAAGCGUGAAGCUGGAGGUGGUUUCGACAAUGACUGCCCUCGUCCGUAAGACAGGUGAAGAUGUUAUGAUAAUCACAUCGAAUGGCUUCCUUGAAUCGGUGGGCGGGUCGAAGAACUCGAGGAAGAGAAGGAGGCAGGAUAGUGACGCAAGUAUGAUCGACUUUGAACCAAGCAUUGGCACCUCGUCUGCGGUCGGCACGCCCGUUAUUGCUCCAUCAUCACCGAAAUCUGGCCCCCAGGCUGAUUUGGCGCGCUCGGUGCCCCUCGUCGUGCAAAGCCUUGUAAAGAUGUGGAAACAAGCUUCUAUGCCACUAAAGCAAGCUAUAAUUGUAUUGCUCAAGAACUUAGCACUCGUUCGGUAUGGUGGUUUAGCUGAUCAUCUCCAACAAAUCGAAGACCCGAUAGCCGAUGUGCUCAAGUCAUCGUCUCCAGCGGUAACCACAUCCGCACCGGCUGGAGCUACAGCCAGUGCAGGCACUCUCCAGAUUGAAACUCUAAGUCUCAUUGCUGCAGUCGCGGAGACACACACAUCUGAUGCCCUUUUGCCUUUCUUAAUCGCAUUGAUCCCUGGAGUCAUCGGUGCCGUCAAUGACAGAAACUACAAGGUGAGUAGCGAAGCGCUCGGAGCUGUCGAGCAAAUAGUGAAAGCUCUCACUCCACCCCGGGUGUCUGUUGCAUCGCAGGAUCUUGCAGCACAAUUAGAAAAGCUAUACGAUGUUGUUCAUAGUCGCAUUACAGACACAAGUGCCGACCUGGAAGUUCGCCAACGUGCCAUUCAUGUAUUUGGGGUUCUUCUGGCACGAACAUCGGGAGAGAAGGGUUCGGCUUUCAUCUCGUUGGACCGACGGUCAAAGGGGCUUGCCGUGUUGGUAGACCGCCUGAAGAAUGAAACUACGCGACUGUCGGCUGUACGUGCUGUUGAUGACGUUGCUGUCCUGUGUGAUAGGAAGGCAGAUGUCACUGCGGCGUGGGUCGGCGAAGUCACCACGGAACUUGGGGCUCAGCUACGUAAGUCAGAUCGAGUACUUCGAGGUGCCAGCUUAGAGGCUCUACGCAGUUUAGCUAUGAAUUCCAAGACCAGAGUACAUUUUGAUGGGAAGACUAUGAAGGAAUUAGAGGAUUGUUUGUUGCCUCUUAUCAACGCUGAAGAUUUCCACUUCCUCGCUCCUGCCCUCAUCAUCCUUGCGAAAAUGAUUCCCGGAAACGCGGAACUUCUCGUAAAUGAGGCUUUGGUUUCCGCUCUUUGCUCAAUCGUCCUCUCCUCACUUGUUGGUACUGUUCUGAAGGCGUUGCUACUUCUCGUCAAGGUUGUUGGAGAAGAAGGUGCCGGUGCGGUUUUGAUGAAGAAGCUUUUGCGUGAUGUAGGCAUCAACGGCGACACAUCUGUUGUUGGAAGGGCUAUUGGAACGCUCUUAGUCCACGGCGGAUCCAAGCUAGGCGUCAAGAUGGAUGAUUUCCUUAAAGAGUUGCAAACCGCACAAGAUGCCCAACGCAAAUGUCUCGCGCUCGCAAUCCUCGGAGAAAUCGGCCUUAGAAUGGGCCAUGAGUGCUCGUUGACACCGGAGCUAUUCAUAACUCACUUCGAUUCGAAGUCUGACAAAGUUCGCCUGGCUGCAGCCACUGCUCUGGGAAAUGCAGCCGCGGGUGAUGUGAAAACUUAUCUGCCCACUAUCAUGAGGGGACUGGAAAAGCCCAAUCAUCAAAGCUACCUGCUUCUUCACUCGGUAAAAGAGCUGCUUCAGCAUCCCGAGAUUGUUCGCCCAGAUGUUGCUCCCUCAGCACUCAAGCUAUGGCAGGCUCUUCUCAAUGUUUCUGAAGAAGAAGACAACCGAGCCGUUGGUGCCGAGUGUGUUGGUCGACUAGCACUAAUCGACCCUGUAUCUUACAUACCGCAUUUCCAGGAAUGCCUCUCUAAUUCGGACCCGACAAUUCGUGGGGUGGUGAUCUCUGCAUUCCGUUAUACUCUGUCAGACUCAAGAGAUACUUACAACAAUGUAUUGAGACCGUUAAUCGUUCCACUUUUGGUCAACAUGCUCAGUGACCGUGACUUGGGAAAUCACCGACUUGCCUUGACAACCCUUAACUCUGCUAUUCAUAACAAGAUGGAUAUUAUCCUCCCUCACCUUAACGAACUUUUACCUGCCGUGUUCGGUGACACACAGAUCAAACCAGAAUUGAUCCGUGAGGUGCAAAUGGGCCCAUUCAAGCACCGAGUUGAUGACGGUCUUGAGCUGCGGAAGAGUGCCUACGAAACGCUUUAUGCCUCCUUAGACACGACUUUCUCUUUGUCGCAUGUCUCUGAAUUCUUCGAACGCAUAUUAGCCGGAAUUGACGAUGAGCAAGAUAUUCGCACUAUCGGCAACCUUAUGACUUCCAAACUAAUCACCCUCGCUCCGGAGGAGACGCAGAGGUCUCUGGAUGCUCUUUCAGAGCGUUACAGCGUCGUACUGUCCUUCAAACCAAAGGAUAAUGCCGUGAAGCAAGAACUUGAAAAAGCACAGGAAGCAUCAAUGGGUGUUCUGAAAAUUACCCGAGAGCUGAGCAAGGCGUUUCCCAAUGCCGAGACAUCCGGUGAGCAUCAUAAAUGGAAGGCCUACAUGGAGUGGGUUCGAAAGACCUUCUCGUCACAGUUGAAGAGCCUUGAUACGGAAUUUUAG